AAUUGGGGAAUAUUCUCUAAGCGUGGGGCAUUUUAGGGUUUAUGGCGGGGGUGGAGGACGAUUCUCCUCCGGCGCUCAGCGCCCACGCGCUGGAGGCUUUGCGGGAUUUCAUGCGGGAGAGGGAUUGCGGCGGUGCUGGCGACGGCGGCGAGGGUAGCGUUGGCGAGGAUUGGGGCUUGAGCCAGUUCUGGUACGAUGAUUUUACCGCUCGGAUCGUGGCCGAGGAGGUCGUUAGGGUGAUUGGCGAUGCGCCAGAGCGCUCGGUAGCGUGCAUCGCAUGCCCGUCGCUCUAUACGAUGCUCAAGAAGAUCUAUCCAGGCAUUAGAGCGCAUCUCUUCGAAUACGAUCGUCGUUUCGCUCGUCAUGGCAGUGACUUCACUUACUACGACUACAACCAUCCGGAGGAUUUGCCUAGACAUUUCGAGCACCGUUUCUACGUCGUCGCUGCUGAUCCUCCCUACCUUAGCGAGGAGUGCCUUGAGAAGACCACCCGGGCAGUGCAGUUCCUGUCCGAGGACCAUCAGAAAAGUCCAGUCCUCUUGUUGACAGGAUCGGUGCAGCAAGAACGGGCUUUCUUCCUCCUGGGAGUACAGCCGUGCGGCUUCAGGCCGGCUCACAAGCACAAGCUCGGGAACGAGUUUAAGCUCUACACGAACUACGACCCCGGGGACAAUGUAAGAGGCUGGGAGCUCAAAGAGUGACAGUAUGGCACUUUGUUUUCGUGGCCCCUGUCCAAUCACUGGUGACGUUCUCGGGCCUGGGACAGCAAAGGAUAAGGUGCUCCGUCGUCAUCUCCUCGUUCUACGUCAGCAAGGUCCAAGCCCCGAAUCGUUUGACAAAGUGCUGGGGUAGUCCUCUCUACUAGUGCUCUGGCAGCUGAGCAACGCCACGAAAGUAGUUCCAGGCGCCUGAAGAGACGUGCCUUUCUCGUCGCUUCCAAGAGUCAAGAUUUUACUCUGUGGACGGAGGAGUCUGCUCCAAGCUCGUGAAGGAGGUCAGGACAUCUUAUCCUUGGCUGAAAGUCCGAGCAUCUGAACAUCCUCUCGUACCAAUGCCAGGACUUUUAAGAGCGUC